CUUCUCAAACAGGAGAUUCACAAAUCAAGGAACGGAUGUCAGAUGUCGAGUUCAUUGAAGCUGUCCAAUGGCUUUAUUUUACCCGAGGGUAAGAUGACCCCCAACACGCUGUUCGUUGGCGGGUUCGACAUGAAGGUGGACGAGAACGAAAUCAAGGACUUCUUUGCCACAUACGGCCCAGUGAAAGAGGUGAAGAUCAUCACGUACCGCGGCGGUAUAUGCAAAGGUUAUGGCUUUGUGUCCUUCAACGAAGACGUGGAUAUUCAGACUAUCAUUGAGCAGCAGCUGAGCUUUAAAGGGAGGAAGCUGAAGCUGGGUCCGGCCAUCAUGAAGGAGCGAAGCUCACGUUCGGUGCAGUCCCCGCUCGUGGGCCCGUCUCCCUGGAUGGGGCCGACGCAGUACGUGUACUGCAGCUGCUGCACUCAGCCAGGAGGGGGCGCCCCGCCCCCCGCCAUGCUGAACGGAGGCGUUCAGUACAUGCAGCCGUACUACUCCAGCAUGCCCGGGGUGCUGAUCCCACAGGUGCCCAUGAGCUACUCACAGGCUGCCUACACAUACCAGUAUGCAUCUCCACACUGGUCUGGAGAACAGCGGACCCGACUGGUGAAUCAGAAUUUUGUGGACUGUGGAGUCCAGACGCUGUUGACUCUCCUGUAG